CGUCGGGGGCGUGCACGCCGGCGCAGCCUCAGUUCAGAUCUAAGCUCAACGUUGAUAGGACACGAGGGGCCUGCACCGCUCGACUCUGGCCCCCAGGUUGAGCGAAAGAAGAGAAGAUCUUUUAGCGAAGACAAUUUUCUGCAACGAGCGACGACAAUGUGAUCGAAGGAAGAUCAGCGACAAGCUUGGAUUAAAGGGGAACGCGCGAGCCAACGCUGUAAUUUACCGAAGAGAUAUCGAGACGUAGCGGAAGUCGCCGAGGAGAUUCAAUCCGAAGAAGGACGUACCAGCGGCGGCUCUCGAGAAAUCGCUAGACAAACCGAACGCUUUCCCAAAAAGAAUCUCGAAGCGACCACAAACCACCGAAAAACGCUCGGCCGCACGGAACAAAGAGAGAAAAAAACACCAAAUCCCAGGCGCCGGCUCUAAUCAACGAACAAAAGCGGCGGAAAGUCUCCAGCGAGAGAGCAAAAAAAAGGACAUCCUGUGGGAAUCGAAACAAGCGCGGUGUAUAGCUACACGCGUCGCGCAACCGAGCAGCAGGAAUGGGGAUAAACCGUUGGGCGAGAACGAGAUCGGAUCGGCAGCUCGGGCUCGUCCAGGAGAAAUAGAGCCUUGAUGUGUGGACGCGCGGUGCGCUUUAUCGGCACCGCGUGACGAAGUCGCCAGGAGACGCCGCUGACAGUUCAGUAGGCUUCACAUCAAAUGGAACAAAACAGCGCGAGUCCGAGCCGUUUCUAGAAUUAACGAAAAUGAGUCCAGAAGAAGUCUCAGCAAAAAAGCCAAAAGCGACCAUUUGACAUUUGAAGCUACGGCAGCCACUGCAAUGGUGUGAAAAUGUGGUUCAGGCUUGUGACAGUGACGAUCCUGCUCGCCGUGGCGAACAGGGGAUAUGGAAGGCCAAGGGAUCCAGACCCGUUGGACAGCUCGCAGGGAGCACAGCUACAAGGAGCGGCGGCCUUGGCGAGCAGAAGCGGAAGCAGCCCCGAUAGCAGGUAUAUGACGAUGACGUCGAGGCAACGGCGAACGGCAGCUUCGAGCUCGCCCACGUCCUCCAGUCGCAGACGCGAUAUCAGUAUUACUAGCGUUAAGUUAGGUAGUAGUGCCGGCUGGCAGCCUCGAGCUGCGGCUGUGUUUCCCAGCUUGAGCUUCGACACGACCAGGAAGAAUUAUCUGCCUCUAGGUGCCCUGUCGCCAGCUGUUGAGUCGAAGCCCAGGGUCAGAGGUAAUCGCCGGUCGAUCGGUAAAAGCGUGACUACCUAUCAGAAUCCUAUGGCGAUUCCCUUCAUUCCUUCCCCGCAGAUUUCUACACCUAUCCCUAUUCCCGUUUCGGUUACUCGGAGAAAUGAUGAUAAUAAAGUCGUACGAAAGAUCGUUGCUAACCAACUCUCCACACCCAAGCCUAUCCCUGUGUUCAUGUCCCGGAGCUUCGACUCGGAAGCUUGUGGCGAGCGAAAGAUAGCGUCCAGGACUCUGGUGAAGAUCUUGCCGCAAAAGCUCAAGCCGGGAUACAACUUUCGUAGGAACUCGACUCUUUACAAGCGUAGACCAGAGAUCUCAGGUGUCCAGUUGAAGAACUGGCCAAACGAGGCCUUGCAGAAUGUUCAGGAUCUGUUGAACUAUGAAAAGUACACGUCCUUCAUGGACGAAGAUAUAGAGGACAAAAAUAGGGUAACGUUGAUCGAGAAGUCCAAGAUACCGAUGAAUAGUCGUGAGCCAUCGAAUAAGAGUCCGGAGAUUCAACCACCGGUACGCUGGUCGAAGAUCCCGAUUGUGGAGGCGGAGCCGUCGUCGAACCCUAAUGAUCGUAUUGAUGUGGACUCGACGAUGGAGAUCGACAGUCUCUUGGACGAUUUGGGAAAGGACAGGAUAGUGCCGAUACCACACACAUCGUCCAAAGUGUCUCAAAAUACUGUUGUCCACAUACUUAACGCUGGGUCGAAAAAACCCAACGUGACAGUGGUGGAACAACCGAUGAGCGUUAAAACCGCGAGUAAAGUUAACAAGACAAAAACAGCGAGCACAAGACCACCCCAGAAUGUUCAUAUUAUGUUCAUGGUUGACAAAGAUGAGUCGCAGGCUGGUAACCAGACGGUAGCUGAUCAGAUACCACCAACAGAAAUUCUAGGUACCGAUUCAGAUUGUCCUACCAUAAUGAUCAAUUCGAUAACGCAGAUUAAUAACACGAUUGAGAGCAAGGAGGGGUGCACAGAUUUGAACAUUGUCAUCAACUCACACGUUCUGAAUACCAACAUAUUCAAACCUACUGGUCAAACGAUCCCAGCAGGUAUCGCUACUCCAGGGGUGAAAGAUCCUUACGGCAGUAGUCCUGGAACUCCACCGAGUAAUUAUCCGAGUUACUCGCCACCUAACAAUUACUAUCAAAACAAUAACAAUUAUUAUGACGGCGGUAAGGAUCCUGCGGGACAGGUCCAAUCUGACGAUGUCGGAAGUUCGGGAUUGAACGAACCUCAAAUUUCUACUUUUGAAGUUUUCCAAGGCACCCACAUCAAUGUAGGAGGUAGCAGUCAACCAGCCCAAAAUGUACCAGCUGAUGAAGACUCCCCUGGUUCUGAUGAUUCGAUGGGCAAUGAUGCCGAUGGCUCACCUCUGUCUGACCCUGACGAGGGCACUAACGAUGUUACCGGCACUGGUCCAGAAACAAGUAACCCUAGCGAUGACGUUACGUCAGACAGUGGCACCAGUGCAGCUGGAGAAGAAGCUCCACAGGCUGCGGCAUCUGAAGCAAGUACCGAGGUUGGACAGGCCUCAAAUCCAAUAUCAUCGGACAUUGUUACUGGCCAAGCGAAUGGAGCUUCACCGGUAAAUCUACCCAGUCUUCCUAGCGCACCUAAUCUACCUGGCGCAAGUCAGUUGACGAAUCUACCUGGAUCAACCGGUGGGGCAGCUGACGAUGACGACGAGGACGAUUUAAUCGAGGCUUUGUCCCCUGUUAAUCUAUUGGAUUCUAUAUCCUCUGUAUUCAACUACUUCAAUCCUCUGAAUCCCAUUAACUACGGAAUUUUCGGCAUGGCAGUCGCACCAUUUGUCGCCUUUGCUGCUGGAGUCGUGGGUGUUGCAGCGUUUCUUUUCCCUUGGGCGUUUCCGGGAAGUUUGAAUUUUGCUCGUGGUUGGGAUGACUCCAGCAAGGUAAGGAUAAGAUUCAAUCCAAGCCUGAGGGACGUCGUGCACAGCUCGAUUCACAAGCAAGAACGGCCCCGCGAGUUGAAGAACAUCCAGAAUAUGGACCAAUCGCUGCGCACCGUUGCGACUCAAUUACUGAAUGCUACAGCGAAACGUGACGACAUGGUCAGAAUACCUGAAGAAAAAAUCGUUACCAUUGAAACUCCCAUGCAAGUCGUCCAUAUUUCCACUCGGGUUGAAGACACCGCCGCUGAAAAUAAUCAAAACAAAGAGGACGAAUCCAGUCAUAUGAAAUUCGGUAUUCCUGUAAACUCAAAAUUCGGUCACUUUGAGAUAUCAAAUCCUGGACACGCUAUGGCAUUGACUGAGGAGGAGAUUGAAAGAGAAAUGGCCACAGCGACAACUGGUGCGCCUAAACAACAGCAACCCACUACAGCUAGCAUGCUGUCUACUUGGAUACAGCUGUAUCCACCCGCGACUACGACUGAAGGUAAUAACGCACCUGAAGGCGCAGCUGAUAUCCAGAGCAAUCAGAUACACUCCACGACAAGUACAAAACUGCCGUCUACUAAUUUUAAACAAACGUCAGCGAAUGCAAAGCCUAACCGAAAGACUGAAUACAAGCCUAGUACAUCGCCUGUUGAAAAGACUACUGAGCCAUCGAUUUUAACCACGAAAAUUGUUAAAAACGCAAGUACAGCUGGUAGCACUAAUUUUGUCAAAGUAAGUACAACUUCAUCACCAACUUCAAUCGAAAAUGACGUCGAGGUAACGGAGUCGAUUGAAAAGAAACCACAGAAUCAGCGCACAACAUCAUCGACUUCCGCAACUUCUAAAUCUCCCACUAAGAGACCUCCUACGAAGAGUAGCACUACGCCAAAACCAAAAGUUACUACUCCGAAGAAUCCCACAAAUAAACCUCAAAAGGGUAACAAUAAUGCUAAUAGGCUCAAACCUUUCUCAACCAGAAGGCCUCCAGUUAGCAAAAAUGAAACCGUCACAAGCAUAUCCAAAAUUGAAAAAGUAACUCUCAAACCAGCUACGUCCUCUACUCCGAAUCGUACUGAGAACACAGAUAGACCGUUGUUUGUCACCAAGAUCAAGGCAUCGGUUCUAACAGAUACUCAGAAGUCCACAACAGCCAGUCCUACUAUGAAACCGAUCCAGACUAUAUCGUCAAAAACUAACUUUUCUAAUACGGAGUCGUCAAAUACCAAAGUUCCUACUCCUACUCGUGUAAAUAAUGUCCUUAAAGUUCAUACAAAGAAGCCUGCCGAUGACACUACCAAGAUCGAGAUACAACCAAUUCGUGUGAAUCCUCCGGUAUUGACCAUCGAAAAGAUUGGCGAUAUAAACAAUGAUCAUAAAACUGACAUCCAGGAUCCAGAGAUUCCGGAGAACUCUAAAAUUGACCUUAAAUUUGAUUUCGAUCCAAAUGUAGAGGUGAUAUCAACAUCGAUCGAACCGAUAACGUCAUCAACGACGACAAAGAAACCUCGCCCAUCAAACAAACGCAAGAAGAAUAAGAAUCGCCGUCGCAGACCAACAUCCACCACAACUACAACUUUAGCAUCCAUUCCGUCUGAUGAGGAAGCUGAGACCUCGACUGAUGUAGAUAGUUUAGAUCUCUCAUUAAUCGGUAUUCAGGAAUCAAAGAUUGAGCCUGAGUCCAAAGCACCUCCUUCCAAGAAAAAGAAACCGAACCAGAAUACUCAGGUCCAAAAGCCUAUCGGUACGCAGAUUUACAAUUUCUUGAGCCGUGAAGUCAUGCCCAGUGUGGGAGUCAUGUCUCUCGUAGGUUUAGGUCUUGGUCUAGCUUCAUACUUCCUGUAUCCUUUCGGUGGAGUCAUUGCACGCAGAAACUAUGAAGUCGAACCUAAUUACAAGUACAAUCUUGACGAAUAUGGUGGAAACUAUGGUCAGAGCGAGGAAGAAGUACUCUCCAAAGUUUACUCUGGUAUGACCGGUGGUCAGCACCAUGAAACCAAGUACAAUCCGACUGUCGCCAGUGAGAAGAAUCCCAACUACUACAGGUAUACAGGAGUAGAUCAACCACACCAAAAACCCAAACCACAGCCACCCACUAGAUAUCCAACUGUCGCUGCUAAGAAGCAAGGAAAUCGGGUGAUUUACAGACCGGUUGAGACGACAUCCUACGAACAAAUCUACAGAAACAAUGAUGUAGCGUACAAGUACACCGAAGCACCAACCACACCAAACUAUUAUGAACGCCAGCGACAACCGACCGACUUCGUACCGGCGAUGGGUAAAGGGGGAAUCGGUAACAAUCGGCAGUUCGUUGUCGGUAACAUACCGAAGGGAUACUCUAGUGGAGAGGUCGAUAAAAUGCCAGAAGUAGUACCGAUGCAGGAUAAAGUAGACGUCAACCUACGGUAUCAACCAGAUGAGAACGGCUACGUUAACGAAAGCUUACCACCAGCUCCCAUGGCCUCACCUACUCCAGAGCCUUUGGGAUAUCCCGCGGCUUUGAUCUCGAAAGUCGGCGAAGAUCAUCCCGCCGAGGUUUACGAGGAGGUCGAGAUAAACCCUACCGCUUUGGCAGUAGAACAUGGUCCAAGGUCAUUAAGGUCGCUCGAGGAUGAUUCUGAAGUUAAGUCACCGGGAUUGACAUCUGUUCACCGCACGAAAAGAAGCAUUCUGCCAGACAUUGCUGGAUCAUUUAUUCCAUUGCCGAUUCCGAGGUUCAAGUCCUCGAGAACCGAAAGAAGCUCUGUCAUCCAGGUGAUACCGUCGAAGAGCGAGAUUGAGAAGGAACGCAAGCAGGAGGAGCAGGAGGAGGACUUGAGCAAUGAAAUUUUGGAUAUUAUUGACGAAGCUUUACCAGGAAAGGAACAUCACAAGAAGAGGCACGACAUGAAAGAUCAAAUAAUGAAUAAACAACAUGUGAAGAGUGCUGAACCGACGAAGUUUUCAUUAAAGGGAACAACUAGCACCACUACAUCCACGACAGCUAAGACUGCAAGCACUCCUAGUAGCAGCACGACAACUACUAGUACUACGACGACAACUCAGAAGAACGAAAAGCAAGCUCCUUCAACAACAACCACAACGACAACUACGACGACAACGGCGCAGACACCCACAGAACCCGAUUUUGUAGAUCAGGGUGAAACGACACUCGAUUGGCGUGAUGAAAUCAAGACAACAGCUAAACCUAAACCUCAAUCGAACGGAAUUGACAUUUUUGGCAUAGCCAAGAGGAUAGCAGAGGUCAAGCUGAGACUUGGACUGACUAUCCUAAAGCACGCAAGCGAAGGUUUUGCUAAGUACAUCGGACACAUUCAGAAGAGAUUUAACGGAGAGGAGUAGAUCAUGGGAUGUAAAUUUGGCGUCGUUUCAUAUUCGCUAGCGUUUUAUUGGACGAUGAGCGAUUAAAUAAUUUAUUGAUGGAUCGAUUGAUCGAUCAAUCGAUCGGUUGAUGAAUUAAUUUGAUAGAGCUUUGUGAUUACGAUAGUCGUAUAGAUGCUUCGUUGAUUAUACUCAUCGGUUAAAAAGAAAACGAAUUCCAAUAAAUUAGAUUGGCUUCGCACGUGCAUUAUUCGUAUGAAAAAUGAAGUAGUAAAAAUUGUAAAUCGUUAAAAGUUUCUUAAGCACAAAGCUCUAUUGAACGUAAAGCAGUACUUAAAUAAUUGAUUAAUUAAUUAUGAAUCGUGAAUAAUUAAUUAAUUGAUGAUAUUGCGAAUGGAAGCAUUGCAUUUCUCUAAAAAUAACGUAGGCGUAUAAUUAUAUUCUAAUAUAAAGUUAUCAAAGAGAUUACUCUAAGAGCGUUAAGGAUUAAUAAUUAUGUUAUUAAAAGUAUUAUAAAAUCGAUCAAAAGAUAUAAUUGGAUUGCUGAUGCCAGACUGGGGUCGCACCAUGACAAGCUCGAAAAUUCUUCGGGAUAUAGCGUGGGUAAUAGAUUAUAUUUUUCAUAUAUUGGAGUUCAAUCUUCGCACGACUCUGAAUACCACGGUUGAUUGUAUAUUAUCUAAAAUAAGUUUAAGCUAUCGCACAAUACAUUGUUGUCGAUAAAUAGUCAGAAAAAAAUGAUAAAAUUUUGUAUUAUCACGUGACAAUGAUACAUUAAUCUACAUAAUACGUUUUAGAAAACUCAUCCAUGGAUAGACGUAAUUUUCUGAAAGUAAUAAAUUACGAAUACUUCAAUUUCUUUCUCAAAAGAAAUAUUUGCAUAUUUUAAAAUUAAUUAUAACAUUUAUGAUGUAAAUAUAAAAACGACUCAAACUUUCUAGAAAC